AUGGACAGCCAGGGCAGGAAGGUGGUGGUGUGCGACAACGGCACCGGGUUUGUGAAGUGUGGAUAUGCAGGCUCUAACUUUCCAGAACACAUCUUCCCAGCUUUGGUUGGAAGACCUAUUAUCAGAUCAACCACCAAAGUGGGAAACAUUGAAAUCAAGGACCUUAUGGUUGGUGAUGAGGCAAGUGAAUUACGCUCCAUGUUAGAAGUUAACUAUCCAAUGGAAAAUGGCAUAGUGCGAAACUGGGAUGACAUGAAACACCUGUGGGACUAUACAUUUGGACCAGAGAAGCUUAACAUAGAUACCAGAAACUGUAAAAUCUUACUCACAGAACCUCCUAUGAACCCAACCAAAAAUAGAGAGAAGAUUGUAGAGGUAAUGUUUGAAACUUACCAGUUUUCUGGUGUGUAUGUAGCCAUCCAAGCCGUUCUGACUUUGUAUGCUCAAGGCUUAUUGACUGGAGUAGUGGUGGACUCUGGAGAUGGUGUAACUCACAUUUGCCCAGUUUAUGAAGGCUUUUCUCUCCCUCACCUUACCAGAAGACUGGAUAUUGCUGGGAGGGAUAUUACCAGAUAUCUUAUUAAGCUGCUUCUGUUGCGAGGAUACGCCUUCAACCAUUCUGCUGAUUUUGAAACAGUUCGAAUGAUUAAAGAAAAACUGUGUUAUGUGGGGUAUAAUAUUGAGCAAGAGCAGAAAUUGGCCUUAGAAACCACAGUAUUAGUUGAAUCUUACACACUCCCAGAUGGCCGCAUUAUCAAAGUUGGGGGGGAGAGGUUUGAAGCGCCAGAAGCUUUAUUUCAGCCUCACCUGAUCAAUGUUGAGGGAGUGGGUGUUGCUGAAUUGCUUUUUAACACAAUCCAGGCGGCUGACAUUGAUACCAGAUCUGAAUUCUAUAAGCACAUUGUGCUUUCUGGAGGAUCUACAAUGUACCCUGGACUGCCAUCACGGUUGGAAAGAGAACUAAAACAGCUGUACUUAGAACGAGUUUUAAAGGGAGAUGUGGAAAAGCUUUCUAAAUUUAAGAUCCGUAUCGAAGACCCUCCCCGCAGAAAGCACAUGGUAUUCCUGGGCGGUGCCGUCCUCGCAGACAUCAUGAAAGACAAAGACAACUUCUGGAUGACCCGGCAGGAGUACCAGGAGAAGGGCGUCCGCGUGCUGGAGAAGCUCGGCGUGACUGUUCGAUAA